GUUCCCAAUUGGCCCUUUGCAGUCCAAAACCCUAAAUCGGUGUGGUGGAUCUCAUCCUUCGCUAAUCUCCUAUCUCUUCCCUUCUCUCCAUCGCUCUGUUUCUCCUUCUCUCCCCCCCAAGAUUCAAAGAUUGUUAUGGCGAUUGGUAGUAAUAGCAGUAAUCGAGCUUAGUAGCAUCUCAUAAACCCUAGAAGUAGCGGUUCAAUUAUCCGCUAUCUUCUUCUUCGUCUCGGGUUUCCUGACCUUCCCUCAUCCGUUAAAUGGGUUGCUUCCAUUCCAAGACAGCAAGAGAAUUUCCCGGACACGAAGACCCCGUAAAGCUAGCCUCCGAGACAGCUUUUAGUGUGAGUGAGGUUGAAGCACUGUUUGAGCUGUUCAAGAGCAUAAGCAGUUCGGUUGUUGAUGAUGGCUUGAUAAGCAAGGAGGAGUUUCAGCUUGCUUUGUUCAAGAACAGAAAGAAGGAAAACUUGUUUGCUAAUAGGAUAUUCGAUAUGUUUGAUGCUAAACGAAAAGGUGUCAUUGAUUUUGGGGACUUUGUUAGAUCCCUAAAUGUAUUCCACCCCAAUGCUUCUCUAGAUGACAAAAUCGAUUUUACAUUUAGGCUUUACGAUAUGGAUUGCACGGGCUUCAUUGAGCGCCAAGAGGUAAAGCAAAUGCUGAUCGCCCUUCUCUGCGAAUCUGAAAUGAAGCUGGCUGAUGAAACCAUAGAGAUGAUACUCGAUAAGACAUUCCAGGACGCAGAUGUGAAUCAGGAUGGGAAGAUUGAUAAAUCGGAGUGGCGUGAUUUUGUGAUUAAUAAUCCGUCAUUGCUUAAGAUCAUGAACCUCCCGUAUUUGAGGGAUAUAACGACGACGUUCCCGAGUUUUGUGUUCAACUCGGAGGUGGACGAGAUUGCUACUUGAAGUUACAGACGAUUCUCUCCUAAUUACACUGAUCCGUACGUAGGUUGGCAAAGACCAAGACCGCGACCGAGACCGAGCCUGUGUUUCUUGACAAGUGGCCGAAUCGAUUUCUGCUUUGCCUACUGUAGAGCUUUUUUUUUUUUUUUUGGGGAAAUGGAUUAUGGCUUCUUUCUGGUCUACGAUUCGUUAACGAGUUUUGUUGAGUGAGUUUCCUUUCUUCUUCUCUUUUGCAGCUAUGGGUCCCACGAUUCUUACAUUCUGGUCGGAAAAAAAAACAUCCGAUGUUGUACAUAUUAUUACAGCAUACGUUUGAGUGCUUGUAAAGACCCGUGAUAACGUCAUUUUUUUAUUGUUA